AUGAACAACAUCUUGAUGAGGUUGUUUCCACAGCUUCCCAGGCAUCAGCAGGUGGCAGUUGCCGUGCCGCUCAGCUCGUCGAGCGGGCCAGCCCCUCCGCCUAAAGAUGCUAGCCAAGGUUCCACUUCACAUGUCGGGCCCAAAGCCAAGUCGCUUGGAAAGUCUUGGAAAACCAAGAUGUCUGACAACAGGCUUGCCGCGCUUAUAAAGUGGGAAAGGAUUGUGGAGGCUCACUCCGAGCACUUCGGCUUUGUUGCCGAUGCCCGCCGCGAGCCCGAGCUGGCUUCGUAUUCCUUGCACGAUGUCUUGAGCGACAUUUUCUCGGUGAAAGCCAGCACCACUUUGCAUACCCGUUCAGGCCCCCUGCUUCGAUUCCUUAAGUUCUGUCACGAUGAGAGACAAGCACCAUUUCCUCUUCGUGAGAGCCUGAUUUACUUCUUCCUCAAGGAGUAUGGAUCUAAGCAGGCCCCUACGUUUGCUAGCAGCUUUCUAGGGUCUCUGGCAUUUUGCCGCCACCUGUUAGGCCUGAGGUGUCAAGAUGAGGUUUUCUCCACCAGGGUUACGGGCGCGGCUCGAGGUCUUUUUCUUGAAAAGAGAAAGCUUGUGCAGAAGCCGCCGCUUCUGGUUGCAUUCGUUCUUGCCUUGGAAAAUAUUGUUCUCGGUCAGGGCGAUUUCAGCUGGGCGGACAGGUACGCUGCCGGAUGUUGCCUUUUUGCGAUCUAUGCCCGUGCCAGGUUUAGCGACAUGCAGUCUUGUGGAAACAUCUUUGAGGAUAUUGCCUACGUUGACGGCAAGCCUCACGGAUUCUUGCAAGCCGACGUCACCAGGACGAAAACUGCUUACACUUUGGAAGGAAAAACAAAGUUCUUAGCAAUGUGCGCUCCGAUCUGGGGCUUGGCUUCGAAGCCGUGGGCAAUCGCUUGGAGAGUUAUCGCUAAGGAUCACGGCCCUCCCUGCGGGGAGGACUUACCUCUGUUGCCCUCUCCCGUGGAGGGUGGAGGAUGGCAGGAAUCUCCCGUCAGCGUUGAAGUUGGGGCCCGUUGGCUCCGCAACCUCUUGCAUCGCAUGGGACUUGAGCCUGCUGCUGCGGUUCGGCUGUUAGGGACCCGUUCGAUGAAGGCCACGGUUUUAAGCUGGGCCGCUAAGUGGGGCAUGUCCAAAGAGCUGGGCAUGAUCUUGGGGUACCACAGCUCUUCUAGAUCCGACAGUGAUGUGGUUUACGGGAGAGACAACGUAGCCCCCGCGCUGCGUGAGCUGGUCUCCAUGUUGGAGUCCAUUGCCCAGGGGGCUUUCAGACCAGAUGCCACCCGAAGUGGGAUGUUCGUUUCGAUCCCAGUUCCUGAGGAGUCCGGCGAUGGAGAUGACAUAUCACUCUCUUCUGAAGGCAGUGAGGACGAGGACGAGGAGAACAAGGACCCCGGCGCCGAGGACGAGGCUGUCGAUUCAGUUGUUGGCCUUUGGGAGCCUUCGGAAGGGGUUCGUGAGACUCUUGAGAAGGCCCCUGUUUUCAGGCAUGAGGUAACAAGGUUCCUACAUAUCGUGGCCUCUGAAGAGGGGUCUCAUUUCAAGUGUGGGCGGAAGAUCUCUACUUCUUAUGUGCGAUGUGAGACUUUGCCUAAAGUUUUGUUCCCCGUAUGCAAGCAGUGCUGCCCUGACGUGAAAUCGGUCGAGGCGGGCGGCAACAUGGCUGCUUCUUACUCAGAUAGCCGUAGUGUCUUCGAUGCCAGGGUUGAUGCAUGUGGGUUGCCGAGCGAGGACGCUACAAAGGUCAAGGCCGCUGUGGGUUCGCUUCGGCAGCUUGCUUUCAUCUCCAGCUUUUCCCCUGGUCAAGCGGAUGAGGCCCCGCUUAUGGCUGCUCUGAAGUCGAUGCUGAGCCGUGAUGCUGAGUUGUCUGUUCAGGCUAGCUUUAGAGCAUUGUACCACGAGGCUUAUGAAAUCGUUACUUCUGAGAUGCGGCAGAAGAUCGAGAAGAGUGAAGAGCCCACGGCAAGACGGCUCACCCAGCCCGAGCGGGCUGAGAGGCACGACAAACAAGUUCGGAAGCUCGUGGGUGUGCUGAUCAAGGGCCCUUCGGAGCCCAGUGAGGCACUCGUGGAUAAAGCCGUCUCAGCUUACGAACAGAACGAGCUGAGGUACAUUUCAUGGGGCCACCGGCUCGCAAGCAGUGUAUGCAUGCUGUUGCUCAAGCUGAGUUUUGAGUUUGCGGGAUCCAGCCUUGCUUCGGUGAUCUUCGGUGUCAUCGACAUGUCCCUUUCGCACGAAGUGAAGGUGCAGCUGCAGUCCUUUCUGGAGGAAGCUGCCGACGGAGAGAAAAUGGUUAAAGUGGUUGAAGCCACCUUGGACUUGCUCAGGAAGAACCACCUGCUGUCGACCAUGAAGCUGGAGCCCAAGCUGGUGGGGGUUCACCCCAGUAACCGAGACGGUUACGGGGUGAACCCCCAGGACGUGCUGGACCUUGUGGACAGCAUCAUCGAUGUGGGGUUCGUGAAAGGCCGAGUGCAUGCCGUAGGCGUGGAAGUUGAAAGCCAGCACGUGAGGGACUGGAACUCCAAUCUCUUCGCUUCGGCCAACGGGGGCCUCGGCUCCAUGGAGCCGGAUCUCCUCAAGGUGACCAGCAUCUGCGGCUCUCACACCAACUCGGCCUUGCGACUUUUUCGCGAUGCCGUGCCACACUCCAACGAGCUCGUGUGCACCGGGGGGCGAUUGAGCAUGGAGAUGCUGAAAAAUCGCGAUCCUGCUUUCCACGAAGCCGCGACCGAAGGCUUGUCGUGGGAUGUAAUCUCUGCAGCCGUCGCCCGCGAGGUGCCCGAAAUCCUCGAGCUGGUCUCCAGGUCGGGCAACACCUCCCUGCAGAGGGGGGAGCAUGAACUCCAAGUCCUUCGCCGAAUUCAUGGCCUCUACUGUAAGAUGCAGGCUUCGGGCCAGACCCCCUCGUUUGCUUCUCUGAAGAAGCAGAUCUUGGCUUCGAAACCGAAGUGCGGGGUAUCCGUCCCUCACAUGUACUCCUACUGCCUCAAGUGCAGCGGGGGCCAAGAGGCCGUACAUCUCAAAGAAACGGAGCUCUUUGUGCGAGCAUGCUGCCCUUCCUCAAGACAGCUGGGGCCGGAUCUGUGGCAGGCUUUGUCCAUGGAGAUCAAGGGGCAUGGCUCCGAGGCCGUUGCUUGUUUUCGCAACGGCCUCGUCAAGUCGGCAUACGUGCGGCAAAACGUCUCUGUGGGGGACUGCCGGAAGCUCGCUGCGAACUUCACGAAGGUGAAAGAAGCAGACGAGAUCAUGUUGGCUGUGCGGGCCAUGCUAACAGAGCAACUCGGGGAGUGGAAGGAUGCCGGCCUGGUGAAGGCCCUUGCAACCAUGGACAUGUGCAUGUGCAGCAUGGUCCUUGGCUUGAAGCAGAAGGGCGAGAAGGACUACAGGACCUUGCAGGCCGUGGCCCAUGAUUUCUGCCUUGUGGCCCAGGAGCUCACUGGGAGGAGACUUCCCUUGAAAUGGCAAGGCUUCGCCGAGGCAACAGCAGCACCUGCAGCGGCAAAGGCAUCGUCGUCGAGUGCACCGGUGCUGCUUGAGUUGGAUGAGCAUGGUGCAAUCAAGAAUCCGGUGGGUUUGCUGGAAUCCCGAGGCUAUGCAUUGGGCAGCAAUGUGAGGAGGCGAGCUGACAAGACCACUGGCAAGAUCCAAGAUGUGAAAGGCGGCCUUGUGUACAUCCAGUUGGACUCCGGCGACGUCGCGAAGGAACCCAUUGACAAGAUUCUGGGCAACGAGUGGGCCGUCUUCACCCCCAAAAGUGAGGCAGAGGUACUGGAAGAUUUGAGCAUCUACAGCCCUUCAACGAAUGUUGAGCUCCAGGCCUUCAUGCUCCAGGCAGAGAUCGCGAGGCAGCUUCAGAAACUUUUUGAUGAACAGUCCUCUGGCAUCGACAAGCUUGCCUUGCAAACGAAGCCCCAGAAGCAGCUUCAGGCCUCGCAGGACAUCCCCAAGGGAAAGGUGACAUUGGUGCCAUUGACGAGCAAGAUCCUCCACAAGGGCUCCAGCCAAGCGAGCUGGUUCGAGGUGACGACGGACUGGACGAUGGAUGCGAGGAAGUUCUACCUGAGCUCCUCUUGUGUGCUGCCCAAGGAAGAUGAUGACAAGAUCAAGCCUCUCAUAGUCCCGUUUUUCUUCGUGAACUACACAGAGGACGAGGACGAGGCCAACGUGAAGUUGCAGCCCAUGCAAGCAGAAAAGUCUUCCUCCAUCAAGAUCCCCGUCUUCAAAAGCACCAAGAAGAUUGCUGCCGGGGAGGUCGUUUUGUGCUAUAAGGCCAAGGACCUUAAAGCUCCACCCCUCCACCUCUCCCCCAGUGCGGCGAAGCGAUCGUCGUCCGGCGGAGUGGCAGUUGCAGCGAAGAAGAAAGCGAAGAAGUUCGCCAUGGCAGAGGAUCCAACUUUCGAAGUGGAGACUCGCAAGAUCAUCUUUUUCGGCAAGCAUGAGUGGUGCCCCACUCAGAAAAUAGUCGAGGAGCGGACCUUUUUCUCCUUCACGAAGUGGUCUGCACAGCUGACUCGCAUGAUGACCGGCAAGCGACUUCAGCUUGGGGGUGGGCGGGCUGCAGAAAGUGGUUCCUUGAACGUGCCAGUGAUCGGCAAGAUCUUGGAAGCCCGGCAGUCGGCCUGCGACAAAGCCCUUGAGGAAGCUCUGAAAGUCGAGGAUGGGUCGGGCGACGAGGAUGAGAAGCCGAAGAAGAAAGCCAAGAAAACCAUUCGAAGGUCAUCGGCCAAGGACCUCCACCUCCUUCCUGAAAUAGUGGACGUUUCGGUGGCUGAAUUCCAGAUGUCCUUGCUUUCGGAGGGGCUGUCGACUGGAACGAUCUGGAUGGAGCUCCGUCCCGAAAACCUCUCCUGGCUCAAGUCUUGUGUCGACAAGGAAGAGGCAAAGCCUCGUCAGAAGAAGGGGGCUGGGUCCUGUUUUGCCAUGCUGGCUUUCGGCUUUUUGGAUGGCCACCUGCCAACGGCGGAGGAGGCGGAGAGCUUCGAAGCCUGCGGCCUCAUGGAGCCGUUCACGAACAAGGCCAAGGGCAAGUGGUACAACGACAAAGGAGCCGGGAUCAGCUGGUCCGCCACCAUGGGGUGGAAGGUCCUGGGUGCUGGAGGAGAGAUCUUGUGGACCCACCCGGAGAAGCAGCGGGAGGAUGUGCCGACCAGUGGCUGGGUCUACUGGGACGGCACACCCGGUGCGAUCUGUGUGGAAGGCACAUCUUAA